UUUAAAAGUUGAAUCAAGGACGAUGUCUUCUUUCUUAUUAAUUUGAGAAUGCAGAUCCCAACCUCUUUCUAAUGUUUUGGCUAAUAUUUCAAGAUUUUGUUUUCUGUUGUAUCUUUCACGUGGUGUGAAAAAUGUAACAUUAAGAUUUCCUUCAUCAUGAUAAACAGUUCCACCUCCACUAUUUCUACGAGCCAAUUGAAUACCAUUUUCAGAUUCAAUAAAAUUAGCUUCCAUCCAAGGGUUUUGGUGGCGUCCAAUGACAACACAAGGGCUAUUCCGCCAUAAAAGCAUAACAUGGUGAUCAGUAAAAUCAAAAUUCCUGUACAUCCAAUCUUCUAAGGCCAGAUUUGUGAAGAUAUCAUGCGAUUGUGAAAUAAAUACAGAUUUUAUUAUUUUUUCUUCAUUAGCAGUACUGUUCACCUUAGUAUAAGUGGACUUCAAAUUUGAAGGUGGUUUCAUAACAGUAAAUGUACGGCUUUUCUGUCUCUUGAGCAGAGAACCAAACUUGCAGCAUUUUGUUGCAACAGAGUGAUAAAAUACUAGAGCCAUUAUUUAUAGAUUUCAAGAAUAUUUCAGGUCUGUCAAUGGCGUAACUUUAAUAAUUACACUACGAGGUGCUACGAAUUGUCUAUGACUAACUUUUGACGGAAAAUACAGGAUUGGCUUAAAGCUGUGUAGCAAUCGAAGCAAGAGAUAUCAUAUAGUUGUGAAGGCUAAUAGUUUGAUGCAACCACUUCCAGGUGUGAUGCAGAUUGCAAGUACGAAAUCUCAGAGCUACACAGUCACCAAUAACAGCUUGCAUUCCUUGAGGCCCCGCCAGGAUGAAAUGAACUUAAUUGGAACACUAUCUAAAAUAAAAAUUAAUAAAAUUGUAGCACAACUCACAACUAUGUAAAAGCAUUAAUAAGUAACACUGCAAUGAAGUAAUAGUCUAGGUUCAAUGGUAUAAGGGAAACCAGUUCACUCUAACAAUUAGUGUCCAACCAACUACUGAUUAAAUAGUGACAGAACAAGCGGUCUUUUAUAGGCUCAGAGAUAUUGAUAAUGGAAUGAUAGUGGGGUAUGGGGUAUGGAUCUGAUAAGUAAUAUUUGGAGUAAUUAAGAUUUUUUAAUGAUAGAACAUUAAUUAACAUACAGCAAUACCUACCCGACUUGUUGACUUAUUCUUCAUUAUUAAGCUACAAAAAGCAAUGUCAAUAAAGUAAUUUAAAUUAUAAAGGUGAGGUUGGUAACUACAGGGUUAACUAUUUGACAACUUAAAAAUCCAUGGUGCAAUAAAAACGAACUAAUAUAUUUUUAAAUAAUUUAGUUUAAAUGAUAUAUCGAAUGGAAUAUAUUUUAACAGUUCUUUUAAUAAUCAUUAACUUUAUGCUAAUGAUAAUAAAUAAAAAAAAUCAACGCCUAAAUUAAGAUACAGGCUACAGUGUUUAGAGAACAGCUGUUGAAUACGCACUAUCGGCUGGGUAUUUUUUCCGAGUAUAUUUUUAGUAAGAUGGCUUUCAGACAGCUAAUAAAACGAAGCUACUCAAGUUCCAGUGGUCUUAAAAAGUGGGUUUAUAAUGCAUCAGGAUUUAAUAAAUUAGGUUUAAUGCACGAUGACUGCUUACAUGAAGAUGAUGAUGUUAAAGAAGCUCUCAGAAGAUUACCAGAAAAACUUUUGCAUGAAAGAAACUACCGUAUAAUCCGUGCCAUGCAACUUGGUAUUACCCAUGAUAUAUUACCUAAAGAACAAUGGACUAAGUUUGAAGAAGAUAUUAGAUACCUAAAACCUUUUCUUGAUCAGGUGCGACAGGAGAAAAAAGAAAGGGAAGAAUGGGAAGAAAAUCAUUAAUAUUAUUAUUGACGAAGAUGAUUGUAUGUUAGUCAUGUUGUACAAACAGUGCGGUUUUUACUUGUAAUUAUAUUUUAAAUUAUAAUCCGUUGUAUUGUUGUUUACUUGUAGAUGUUUAUUUUACCUUUGCCUCC